UCGGUUAAGAAACGUGUCACAAACUUUGCUGAUCUCAAUGCUCAAGUGUGAAAAGGUUGGCCAUGAUAAGAGAUCAGAUGACUGAUAGACUUGAUCAUCAAAAGGAUGAAAAACAGUGCGAGAGAGACUGAAAGACAGAGAGUGAGAGAGAGAGAGUGAGUGAGAGAGGGAGAAGCAGGAACUUUCUUUUCAUGUUCGCGUGACACCAGAAACAGCAGCGACUCAGGCUAAAGAGAACAUGCAUCGCUCUUCAUUCCUUCUCAUAUUGAUGUGUUUUUAUGAUAUUUUGGCGAGUUUCAUCACUUUGGGUGAGCAGUACAAUCUGGAGUGUCUCAGUAAUUAUUUAUCCAAUAUCACCUGCUCUCUGGACAUCUCGGCUGAGUCUCUGGGCAACGAAUCGUCCUACUGCCUGCAGUUCAGCUCAGAUUAUGAAGAACACUAUUACUGCACACUGAAGAGGAGAAAACAGUCAUUACUAUGUGAGCUGGAUAUAUCACCAGACAUUUUCACCGAUAUGGACAACUACACAAUCUCCCUCCUUUCCGGUUACCGUGGCAACAACUCAGUUGUCCUACAUGAUGGCUUCAUGCCUAGUUUACAUGUUCGUCCGGUCCCUCCGUCUAACCUGUCAAUACUGUGGGAGAAGGACAGGGCGCUUUUCCAAUGGCAGAGCGGAUAUGAUCCAUAUGAUCCACACAAUUUACGUUCCAGUCUCAUUUCCAGUCUCCAGUACCAGCUCAGCGUGUACAGCGAACACCAGCUGUAUGAGGUAGAAGCUGUUGACCAGAAGGUGUAUAUGGACAAGUUUAGAUUCGAACCUCACACAAAUUACACCGUGCGUGUGAGAUCGCUGCCUGAUCAAGAGGUUUAUAAAGGCGUGUGGAGUCUGUGGGCCCCUGCGUUACACUGGAGGUCAGGGGACAUUCGCAGUGAGACUCCGGAAAGAUCUUUCCAUAUUGCCUGGUGUUUUAUGCUUUUGCCAUUGCUGCUGGUCCUUCUGGCCUGCAUCCCAUACUCCAGAUGGAGAAAGGAUGAUUAUAUACCAUCACCAGCUCCUUAUUUCAGAGACUGGGAUGUAGAUGUUCAGAUCUGUUCGAUGCUAUCUGGUAAGGUGAGAGGUGUAAUGCAGGGGGAGGAGUCUCUCCAGAUUGACAUUCUGACCGAGAGCACAGACACGCCCCCUCAGCUGACCUUAGUUUAUGAGACGAGCGACCAGGAUGACCUCACGCCCCAGUCUCCCAGCGUGCCUCAUUCUCCUGUGUGGUCAGAGGUCGACUCAGGCUGCUGGAUUCGUGAUUUUGUUCCAACAGAGAGAGGAAGCAUCACAUGCAGCGAGGACUACUGCACGCUCUCCAACACGUAUGCCAUCUAACGUGUGCUUGAACACUACUGUUCAAAAGUUUGGGGUCAACGAGAUUUUUUUUGUUUUGUUUUAUUCAGCAAGGAUGCCUUAAAUUGAUAAAAAGUGACAGUAAAAACAUUUAUAA